AUGGUGAGUCACACUGAUUGAUCGGUACCGACGCGCUCUGCUGCGCUCCGGUGUGUAUACGCUGUCUGACAGUUCUGGUUGAUACGCACAUGCAGGAGCAACAAUCCUCAGCUCCACCUUGGGUGCGGUCCCUUGUCGAGUUCUUGCGCAGCAGCUCGACGGGGCCGAAGACCAAAGUCGGUCUUCUGAACGGACAGCGUAAAGAUCAUUUCAAAGGUAGCGGAGCCAUUAAAUCCCUCUUAUCUCCCGCCUACGUCAAGGCCCAAGCAAAGAAAGGCAGCGUGUUGCCAAAGAUCGAGAAUGAGGACCAAGCGGCUGAAGCUUUGCACAAUGUUAUUCCGUACGCUUUCUUCUUGAGGGUGGACAGGGCCACGGAAGGUGGAAAGGAACGUCCGAUCCAGAUCAAUCAGAUGCAAAUGUUCAAAAGCGAUCUGGUAAGUACGUCGAGGUCUGAAGCUGGAUCUAGCAAUUCUGCAGCUUCUUGUCUGUCAGCCUUCCCACUCGGUCGCUCUUGCAGCGGAGACUGGUAUGGCGCCAAACCCCAUUUCACAGGCGCAGGAAGUUAUUUGCUGACGCCCCUCUCAACGCGUCUUUGCGCAGUACUACGUCUGGCUAUACGAUGGCUCGCAGCUCUUGAUGCAACUGGCAGGUUUCGGAAUGAUCCUACUGAUGCUGGCUGGUGUCAUGUUCCCCCUUUGGCCCGCCAGUCUUCGAGUAGGGGUAUGGUACCUGUCCAUCGGAGUUCUGGGGCUCAUCGGAGCUUUCUUUGGACUGGCCAUCGUCAGACUCAUCCUUUGGGGCAUCUCCAAGGUCGUGCUCAGUCCAGGUAUAUGGCUGUUUCCCAAUUUGUUCGAGGAUGUCGGCUUUGUGAGUGGGGUGCUGCGGGUAAAGGCAAGCGAUCCGAGCCGGUCAUAGGUGGGCGACUUGAUGGCUCAGACGCAAGACUCCGCGGGAAAACUGCCAGCUUCCGAUGGAAUGGUCAGCUCACGCGCUCCCUGCACCAUAUCUCAGGUGGACUCCUUCAUUCCUCUGUGGGCAUGGGAUCUGCCUCCUGCCCCAAAGAAGGUCGGCAAAAAGAAGCGCGCGCCCGCGAUCGAAGCUUCAGAUGGGGAAGCAAUUCGAAACAAAGUCGAGGGCGGAAAGGGAGCAGGGUCCAAGCAACAAGCUGUCGCUGUGAGUACUUGCAUGCUGUCGAAAGAGGCCAUCAACUCUGCCAGGUUGGCGGCCAUCGCCGCGCGCGACUGGCGGCAGGAUGGUGAUCGGCCAAGAGAAGACUGUUGACCACUGCGCAUUGAACUCGCUCGCGCAGAACCUGCCGGGACAAGAUUCCGGCCCGGCCAAACCGCAACUGUCAGCUGCUCAAGCUGCAGGCGAUUCUGCUCCAGCACAGCAGUCCAAGAGCACCGAUGGCAAAGGCGGCAAUGUGAAGAAGAUCCAGAAGGCGAGCGAUAAUCUAGCUGGUCUGGACUAA